AUGUCUGGUUCUUCUCAUUCUCGGUUUGUGAACCGAAUGUUGUUCGGUUCUCCUCAACCGCGUUCUGUCUUGCGAGCGUUGUUUGGUUCUCCUCCCAAGUCUGUUGGCGUAAAGGUUCGGGAAAUCACAGCCGCUGGUAGCAAAGUAUCCAAGAUUGUACUCGAGUUUUCCAAUCUGCCGAAAGAGGAAUCGGAGCGACGGAGGAAGCUUCUGAAUUCUAUCGACAAAAUUGAGGAGGUGGUGCUCGAACAGUUGCAGAUACUGAAGAACACUGCCAGGGCCAAGGAGGUAGAGAGGGAAAAUCGAAAGCUUGGUGCAGAGAUAGUUAUGGAUGAAUAUUCCCAAUGUGGUUCGGCAAGAGUUUUGUUUUUGUUGGUUUUCUGGGAAAAUUUGAAACCCUUGUAUGAAUUAUGA